AUGACCGAUGUUAGUGCUGAAGCAACUCGGCAGCGUGCUCAAGCUUUCGAGACUAUCAUUUCCGACGUCAUGGACAGACGGUCACCCCUCUCGGAAUUCGGUAAACGCCUCCAAGAUGCUGGUGCUUCCCCAGCCGAAGCCGAGGACUAUUUGCAACAGCUCGCUCAACGCAUCGAGCAGCAAAGGAAGGACAAAGACGCUGAGGGACAGUCGGAAACUCAGUCCAGCGAACAAGCGGUUCGAGAAUCCACUCCCGAAGGCCUUGAGGAAGCAGAAGCAGUUGAGUUUCAUGCUCGACGCGAAGCACUCUUGGAGGAGGUACGCGUUCGAGAAGCAGCUGAUCGUCGCACGGCAGUCGAUACCGCCGCUUGGGCUGUUCUCAACGCCAAGCUCUCUCAUUUGGCAGGCUCACAGGCCUCCAACAAAGCCACAACUCUUCUCUCCGCUGACGAUCUUGCAAAACUGCUUGGAGUCAAACGUUCGGCUCCUCAAUCCCUACCUGCCAGUGUCCUCACUCUUGCCCCACAUCUGGCCGAGCUUUCCACGUCUUCCAUAUCCGAUCCUCACAUUGAGGAGACCUGGAAACUUCGUCAGGCAAUUGGAACAGACAAGACCAUUGACUCCCUUGUCAACCUUAUGCAGGUGCAGCCGCUCACGGAUCCCAUCCCCCGUUCCAUCUGGCGUUUGGUUAUACAAGAUCACUUCGUCGACUUCGAAAAGCUUUUUGCCUCGAUGGACAAGGGGUACGACCACAAUGACGAACCUCAUGACUUCGGUGGAGGUUACGCGCUCAUUAAGAAGGAGCAAGCUUCGGCCAAGCGUCCCCUCCGAUCUGAGUCCGAAUGGGCUCGAGUCUUCGGAGCUUGGAGCUCUGCGGUUGUGCUGGUCUAUCGCCACCGCUCUUCGGAGCUUCAAGGGUAUCAAUGUAUGGUCACUGAUUUAUUUCGUGCAGUGCCUCAUGACCCGUCAAUUGCGAUCGCUUUCGACGUUGAAGCUCGUGAUCGCUAUGCAAAGAGUCCUUUCCGCAUGGAUGAUCGGACUCAGCUCAACGUGCCACUUCUGGCGCGUAUGUUCCAGGGUUCUGGCCCAUCUUCUAAGAAGCGUGGCAACCCAGUGGCUUUGUCAAGCCCUCCCUCGAAGCGUUCAUCGAUUCCUUGUCAAAAUUGGAACAUGGGCAUCUGCGAUGCCCCUUGCCCGAAUGGGCGCAAGCAUGGCAUUUGCUGCGAGUGUGAAGGCCAACACCGAGCAAAGGACGAACCUGUCUGCAACACUCUCCUCCAGGCUCGACAAAGAAAAGGAAUUAGCGGAGGCUACUCAGAGAGCGGCAAAGGCAAGGGAAGGGCCUAA